UUCCCCGCGGGGAAUCGGGGAUCGGGUCCCCAUUGCCAUCUCUAGCUAGCCCUCAUCCUCUGAUUCAAACCACAAAGCUACAACCUGAAAGCAAUCACUCCACUCCACCUUUGCCAUCUCCAAGAAAGAACCCAGACUCUUCUGCUCUGUUCCAAGAAGCCUUUUUGAUCUUGAGUAAUUGCCAUCCACCACCAUGAUCCAAGAACUGCUCGUCGGGGCCGCCAUGGACCAGCUCAAGAGAGUGAACGACGUGAACCCGGCGUCUCUGCCCCUGCUGCUGCACCCCGUCGUCUCCAACCCGUCGCCCACGUCGUCGCGCUCGUCCGCGCAGCAGCGGUCGACGGCGGCCGCAACGUCGUCGCCGCAGGGGCAAAGAGCGGAGCAGACGCCUCUGCGGUGCCCCCGGUGCGACUCCUCCAACACCAAGUUCUGCUACUACAACAAUUACAACCUCACCCAGCCGCGCCACUUCUGCAAGACGUGCCGCCGGUACUGGACCAAGGGCGGCGCGCUCCGCAACGUCCCCAUCGGCGGCGGCUGCCGCAGACCGCGCCCCAUGCCUACGCCCGUCGCGACGAAGCCCGCGGUCUCCUGCAAGGCCGUGGGCGGCGCGCCGUCCCUGGGCCUCGGCGUCGGCUUGGGCAUGGGCAUGGGCACGGGCGCCGGCCUCGACGGGCCCUGGGCGUCCUCGCAGCAGGCGGCCGCCGCGCAGGCGCAGCUCAUGGCGCUGCUUAACAGCGCCAGGGGCGUGCAGGGCGGCGGAAGCAUGCACAGGGUCCUCGGCCUCGACGCCAUUGCACACCUGCCCCUCCACGUCCUGCCGGACGCCGGCGGCAGUAAUGCCAGUGGCACGGUGCCGUCGCUGUGGCCGCCGCGCAUGGACUCGCAGCUCGGCAUGGGGCCGCUGGGCCAGCACGACGUGCUGUCAAGCCUCGGGCGGCUAAAGCUGCCCCCACCAUCGUCGGCGGCGGCGGCAAGCUGCUACAGCGACCAGCUGCACGCGGUGGUGAGCAGCGCCGCGGGACGCGGACACGAGUACGAAGCUGCAGCCCCCGGCGUCACGCCCCUGCCCUGCACCACAGCGCUGGCCUCCCUCCCUCCAGCCGCGUCGAGCGUGUCGGCUGCGUUGGCCAGCGCCACGGUCGGGCUAGACCUCCCGCCGGUCUCCCUCCCCGCGUCCGAGAUGCAGUACUGGGCCGGACCGGCGGCGAUGUCCGUGGCGUGGCCGGACUUGCCCACUCCCAACGGCGUGCUCCCUCGAGAGACAAACCCGAACCUGAUGUGGUCAUGUACGGACGACGCGGCUGUUUACCCACGAGACAACACUAGCUAGUACGUAAUCAGUACUUCAGCCUUCAGUGUACUGUAGCUUUAUAUCGCCGUUUGACUGUGUUUUGAACACGUCCAUUUGGCUUUCAUGAUGCAUGUAUAUGGUAUGCCUGCACUGGCAGCCAGCAGAGGUUUUUAACCUAAACUUUAAGUUGCA